AUGUUAUCACAUUAUACACUUCAUUCAAAACAAGUUAUUAAAGUGCAAAAUUUAAUAAAACAUUAUGAUUCAUUAUUAGCAAGUGGACAUGAACCUGAAACACAUGAUGAAAAUGGUCUUGUAUUAGUUUUAUUAAUUGAACAAUUUCUUCCAUUACCAUAUAUAUCUGUAUUACGUUUAGUUGAAUUAAUUGUUUAUGAUCGUAUUGAAAUGAUGUUAACACUUGACCAACAAACAUUAAAUAAACAAUUAUGA